AUGACUUCCUUCUUUGGGAAACUGAAGAGCCAGAAUGCUACCAGUCCGGCAGUGGGCACAACUCCCACAAAGAAAGACCCCAAUGCGCCAAUACCCACCCCUCUCGAGCGCAUGCUCAUGAAUGCCGGUCCAGUUCGCAAUGAUGGAAGCGAUAAGUUCUUUGGCAUGGAAAAUUUCGGGAAUACUUGUUACUGCAAUUCCAUCUUACAGUGUCUUUACUACUCUGUCCCUUUCCGAGACCAUGUUCUCUCCUACCCUAGACGGUCAUCCCCAGAGUCCAUCGCUCACGCCCAGACUCACGCUCCCCCUCGCAUACCACCGAAUCAACAGAAUGGCGCAGCGAAAAAACCCCCUAAUCCCUCUUCUGCGCGAAAUGCCGGAACACCCCCUCAACAGCAAAAGCCGGAGGACAAGGACUCGCCAGAAUACAAGAAGAAGCAAGCACUGUUGGCCGGACCCAUACUGAAUAUGAGCUAUGAGAACUCGCAGGAAUAUGAGAUGCCAGAGACUCUUUUUACCUCCUUGAAGGAUCUCUUCGAGGCGGUGGUCGUCAACCAGUCGAGAUUGGGCGUUAUCAGUCCAAGCAGGUUCCUAGAAACUCUACGCAAGGAGAAUGAGAUGUUCAGGUCUGCCAUGCACCAAGACGCGCAUGAGUUCCUUAACCUCCUCCUAAACACUGUACUGGAGAACAUCGAGGAUCACGACAGAAAACUGGUCGCUCAGAAAAAGGCUGAACCGCCUCCGCCCAUGGCAGAAGAAGUCACGGACAUUUCCUUGACAGAGUCAGGAACUGUCUCUUUUCCUCCCAUUCUACCCACACCGACAGCGACAUCUCCUACACGCUGGCUGCAUGAACUUUUCGAAGGGACUCUUACAUCCGAAACCCGCUGUUUAACCUGCGAGAACGUCUCACAGCGUGACGAACCUUUCCUCGACUUGUCUGUCGACUUGGAGCAACAUUCGUCCGUUACUGCAUGUCUACGCAGAUUUUCAGAAGAGGAGAUGCUAUGUGAACGAAACAAAUUCCACUGCGAUAAUUGUGGUGGCCUUCAAGAGGCCGAAAAGCGCAUGAAAAUUAAGAGGCUGCCAAAGAUAUUAGCACUCCACCUGAAACGGUUCAAGUAUACGGAGGACUUACAACGACUGCAGAAACUAUUUCACAAAGUGGUAUAUCCAUAUCAUUUGAGGCUUUUCAAUACCACAGAUGAUGCAGAAGACCCCGACCGGCUCUACGAGCUGUACGCGGUAGUUGUUCACAUUGGAGGUGGACCAUACCAUGGCCAUUAUGUGGCUGUAAUCAAAACUCAGGAUCGCGGCUGGCUGCUUUUCGACGAUGAGAUGGUGGAACCCGUCGAUAAGAAUUUUGUCCGUAAUUUCUUUGGAGAUCGACCAGGGCUCGCUUGUGCAUACGUACUCUUCUAUCAAGAGACCACAUUCGAAGCCGUUCAAAAGGAACAAAGAAUGGAAGGCAAAAGAAGGGCCUCUCAGGAUCUCACUUCUGGCUUGGGCGUCCUUCCCAGGCAGUCGGGAGAACUUCACCAAGUCCAGACCGUAACCCCAUUUGGCUCUCCAGGUUCACCUUCAGAUGCUGUGCAAUAUCCAGCACUCGACCAUGCUAUGACAGCACCUCCUCAAUUCAAGACAAAUGGGCAUGUUGACUCGCCGCAGUCCCCUCCUCUCUCUGCGAUCCGACCAACGAGCACUGCUAUCCAAAGCAAAAAAGACAAGGCCAAGGAAGAAAAAGCACAAGAGAAGGCGCGUAAGGCCACAGAAAAGCAAGCCGAGAAGGAGAGACUGGAAUUCGAGAAGCAUCGACGAAAAGAGCUGGCCUCCAAACUGACGGAUGCUCACAAAAGGCAAGAGGCCGAACUCAAGGCUGCAUUGGAAGCAAGCAAGGCUUCUAAAGCAGAAGAGGACAAGCGGCAUGUUCUUGAAAGAAUUCAAACGUCCCAUCCUAACGGCAGCGGAAGCGGUUCGUCUGGGUUCGAUCGAUUCAGGCGCACAAAGAGCUUGCGAUUUGGAUCUUCGAACAAAAAGGAGAAGCCACAAUUGAAUUCGUCCGAGGAGGACAUUGCUACCCCGACAGCGGAUACAGUUACUCCAGAAAAAGAAAAGGACAAGGAGAAAGAGAAGAAAAAUCGAUUUAGCAUUCGGAAGAAGUCCUUUGGCAUGUUGUCUUAA